AUGAGACUUCGGCUUAGUUUGGUGCCAUUUUCGGGCAGCUGCUCCAACUCUCAAGGUUCAUCCGCGCCUCUGUCGAACCGCCUCGAUGCUGACGCGCCUGCUGCCGAAGCAGCAUCUGAGGUGCGUGCGAAAGGUUGGGUGACGGCCUGCCCGGCGCGCGGGGCAAAGUCCCGCUCCCUCAGUUCCCCUUCUUCACCUGGUGCGAACUCGAGAGCCGCAUACGCUAAUCCCCAUGGCGGACGGACUCCUGGCGCACCAUCCCCUCUCACUCCGUACUCAGCAAGGAUUGAGCAAUUGCAUUCGACGGCAACAAAGGCAGUUGAAAGCGCGGCCUCUUCCGCUAUUAACUCUGCUCCCACGUCUGCUGUCGCGUCAUCCUCACCCUCGUUGAGUCCCUUCCGGGAAAGAAUAAACGAUUGGUAA